UCCAAGGACAACCACACCUUCGUCUUGUUUCACCAUGCCGUCCGUCAAGAAACAUGAAGUUCCCCGACCGCCAGUGCCGAGCUCGGAAUUCCAUUUCGGCCGAGAGUCUCUAUCAAAUGCAAAUAUGUCUGGGUCUGGAAGAUUGGAGAUUUGUGAUGCAUCUCGCGGACCACACAAAUGGUCUGGUAUGGACACAAAAGCAUUACAGAUUUUGCGAGACCUUCCUCAUGCCGCUCCGCAUGAGAAAUCCGCUUUUUUCCUAGCAAGAACUGGGCAACUUUUGGCGCUCAUACAAUACAGAUUUUGUGAUCGAGAGUUAGCGUGACAAGUUGUAUUCUUCCAGACCCAGACAUAUUUGCAAUGCAUAGUCUCCCUCACCGCCUCCACUAAGAACAAGGUCUUACAGGCGACGUCCCGUUUAUCAACUGCAACAGUGUCUGCGUCUGGAAGAGGUCCAACUGCCGCAGGAACAAAUGAGAAUG